AUGGAUCAACAAGCUAAUCAGGGUCUGGAGGGUAUGGCCGCCGCCAGAGGCCGGUCGCCAUCUGCCGGCCACCAACAACAGCCUCAUCAUAUAAGAAAUAGCCACUCCCCUUCGCCUCACCCGUACCCAUCCCCGGAGCCCAGCAUCGGACUCGGACUCGGCCUUGACAGCUCCACACCCCAGUUCACCAACAACGACUUCACCAACUUCAACGCCAACGCCAGCAGCCAAUUCCUCACCACCUCCCAGCCCCAGGUCUACUCCAACCAGGGCCUCAUCGACACAACCUCCUUCGACGCGAACCAGGCCUUCACCGAACCCCUCAACCCCCAGACCCUCCUGGCUCCCGACUUCAACGGCAGCGGGGACUUCUCGCUCUUCCCGCCUACCACCCAGGCUGAUCAGUUCAGCGCGCCUCUGUUUGGCGACAACCCUACAAUCGGCACGCCCGACCUCAGCAACAUGACCUCGCCGCAGACACAUCACUCUCCCACGCCGCCGCACAUGCUGAAGCCCGAUCCACACCAGCCCGGGUCGGCGCACCAGUCGCCCUCCUUCAACCAACAUCAGUUCUCGUCGCCCGGCUCCCGCUCGAGGACCGUGUCCACCUCGCUAGCACCCGAGGCCGCGCUUCUGGCAGGCCACACAGAUUGGACGCAGGCUCAGUUCCAGGGUCACCGGAGGACACCAUCCGAGUACUCGGACGUUUCCUCGGCACACCCGUCGCCCAACUUGGUCGCGACCGACAGCUUCGAACAGGCGCAUUCAGAGCACGGUCACUCCCCGAUGCAGCGACCCCACGAUAACUUCGACUACGGCGUGAGUACCGGCUUGGGCAACUUCAGCAUAUCAGACCCCCAGAUGGUCCAACACAGUCGCAGCCCGUCGCACAGUCCCGCCAUAUCGCCGCGCAUCCUCCCUCAACAAUUGCCCGACAUGAGCCAAGGAAACCCGAACUUUGCGCUCGGAGGACAGCCUCAGGGCUACAUGAGCGCGCCAACUAUUGCGUACGCCCAUGCAGGCUCUGAAGCAUUCCCACAGCUUGACAACGGUGGUGGCAUGGUCAUGGCCCCACCUGCUAUCAACAUUGAUUUCGCUCCCAACUCGAGGCAAAACACAUUUGAGCCUUCAAAACCGUCCAUUGACCAAGACUCACUUACACCACCGGACAGAGGGCGACCUCGGUCCCGUCCAAGAGCGGUAACGGACCCUUAUAACAACGGUGGCGCCAACCUGUCCAGGCCCUCUACGCCUGGAAGUCUGUCUCCUCAUCUCGGUGUCGAGCGGGCGCGUAACAGGUCGGGGUCUGACUCGUCCCGCUCCAUCUCGCCGUCUUUGUCGCCGGGUGAUCGCUCGGGCAGCGCGAACGCGGCCUCGAGGAGGCGCCAGUCCAUGUCUGCUGUCCCCAACAAUGUGAUCGCCCUCAGACUGGCAGACCCCGAAUACCAAGCCGCCCAAGACAGCGGGAACACAAAACGCGUGCAGAAGCAUCCUGCCACCUUCCAAUGCACCCUGUGCCCUAAGAGGUUUACUCGUGCUUACAACCUGCGCUCGCAUUUGCGUACCCACACUGACGAGCGCCCCUUCGUGUGUACUGUUUGUGGAAAGGCGUUUGCCAGACAACACGACCGGAAACGCCAUGAAGGCUUGCACUCUGGUGAGAAGAAAUUUGUCUGCAAGGGUGACCUGAAGGCUGGCGGCCAGUGGGGUUGCGGGAGGCGAUUUGCUCGAGCAGAUGCCCUUGGCCGACACUUCCGUUCAGAAGCUGGACGUAUUUGCAUCAAACCCCUACUAGACGAGGAGAUGCUCGAACGCCAACGCAUCUGGCAAGAACAGCGAAUGCAGAACAUGGCUGCUCAGAACAUGGCUGCACAGCAUGCUGCGGCCAUGGACCCCGGCAUGUACCCGCCUAUGGACCCCAACCAAGGCUUUGCUCUUCCAGCUUCUCUCCUCGCGCAAUACCCUGCACUCGCCCAGAUGAACUGGCAGUCAAACGAUAUGGGAAAUGUAGAAGACGAACUCAGCGGCCGAUCUAGCUUUGAUGCCUCCGAUUACGAUGAAGGUGACGAGCAGGGCUACGUAUCGGGUCCUGGAACCGGGUACGGCGACGGAGGCAUGCAGCAAAACUUUGGUGAAAUGGGAUAUGCAAGUGACUAUGGCCAUCGGUAG